AGGUGGUCCUUGGAUCUGAGUCAAUAUGGUGAAUAAGCUGCUGUUGGCGGAGUCCCUUGUGGUCUUUUGUAUCGUCCUCAGUAUUCAUUCCGUAGUAUGGGAUCGCUUCUCUUGGUGCACCCUGGCCCUGGCCGUGCAGGCUUUUUACGUGCAGCACAAAUGGGACCGGUUGCUCCAGUCUGGCGGAGCGGUGUUCCAGUAUCGCUCGUCUGCCAACAGCGGCCUCCUUCCAGCCAGCAUGAUCAUCCCUUUGCUGGGCAUUGUGAUGAGGGAGAGGUGCAAGGCUUCCGGCAACGUCUACUUUGAAAGGUUUGGGGUGGUAGUGACGGCCACCGGAAUGACCUUGGCCUACUUCCUCUCCAUAAUCGCACUGGGCAUUACCAAACCUGUGCCGAAAAAUACCUGCAUAGUGUCCGGAGUCACCGGCUGCGCAGUACUGUAUACUAUGAAGAACUCUCUGGCCGUGUCAGAGGUUAUCGAAGUUCUGGAGGUGCUCCUCAUCUUUGUAUAUCUCAGCAUGAUUGUUCUAUACCUGCUGCCACGGUGCUUCACUCCCGGCGAGGCCCUCAUUGUCCUUGGCGGACUCAGCUUCGUCCUUAACCAGCUUAUCAAGCGCUCUUUGAAUGCCGUGGGUGGAAAAGGAGAUCCCACGGAAUACCUCCUGCUGGUGACUUUGGUCGCUUUGGUCCUGCUGGGCAUUAUCUUCUCGGCCUUGUUCUUUUUCAUGGACUCUUCCACGUGGACCUCCUCCCUGUUUUUCUACAUGAUGACCGCCGUGUUAGGUCUGGGAAUCUUUGUGCCUUGGCUGCAGUACCUCAUCAAGAGACAUCCGCUCUUCUGGCUGGCGGAGUUCCUGGUUCAGAGCGAUACACGGCUGUAUCUCCUAGUCUUCUGGACAUUCCUGGUUCUUGUUGCUUGCGUAGUUGUUUUGUUUCAAAAUUCAAAAAGGUCCACGGACUCCAAGAAGCCGCAAGUCUCCACCAUAACCCGCAAGUACUUUCACUUCCUUGCAGUGGUCGUGUACAUUCCCGGAGUCAUGUACGAUCGCCCUUUGCUCUACGUGGCCGCCGUGGCAUGCUUAGCCGUUUUCGUGCUGCUGGAAUAUGUCCGCUACUUCCGUAUCAAGCCGUUUGGACAGAGCUUACGGACCCUCUUGACGCUGUUCUUGGAUGAGCGGGAUAGCGGUCCGCUGAUUCUCUCACACAUUUGCCUUCUUUUGGGGAUGUCUCUACCGGUGUGGCUCUUUCCAAGACUCUGUGCAACAUCCCUUUCUGGCCCUUCCACCUUGCUCCCCUACUGCGGGGUUCUGGCAGUGGGAGUUGGUGACACUAUAGCUUCCGUCUGUGGAAGCACAAUGGGAGAAAUUAAAUGGCCUGGCACUAAGAAGACAUUCGAGGGGACGGUCAUGUCCGUCUUUGCCCAGAUCAUUGCAGUGGCCCUUAUCCUCAUAUUUGAUAGCAGUGUGAACAUUAACACUGGCUACGUUUGGUUAGUGGGAUCCAUCACGUUGGUGUCGCUGCUAGAAGCUUUUACUACCCAAAUAGACAACUUGAUUCUGCCGCUUUACCUGCACAUCAUGUUUAUGGUUUGAGGAGCUAAGAUGUCUUCUCUCCUCUGUAAAAGUAUUAGUCUAUCCAAAACUGAUAUUUCUGUUU